AGUAACAUCGAUUACGGAUGUCUGAAUGUCUCACUUGGUUUAACACUACAGCUUGACCCUACACAGAGACGGAGGGGAAGGACUCACCAGGGAAACAUCGUUCAGGGAUCUUGGUGACGUAGAACAGGAAGGCAGAUCCAGCUAUCAGUGGCGAAUCCUCCAUUGAGCCAGACCCAGUGGCACGAAGGAAUCACACUGAUGCCGGCCACACAGCAGAAGAUCGUCAUGCGUAUCCGUCGCCAGUCGUUGCUGAGGUAACGAGGGUGGACCUGAGCGCAGAAGACUGCCAGGAUCAGGGACAGCACUGUCAGCAGCGUUACAGUAGAAAGCGUAGAAGAUCCCAGGUACAUAACAGCCCAGGAUGCCGACAGAGAUUCCUGCGUAGUCCAAGGAAAGCCAGCGACGGCAAGUCUUCUCUGAUCGGUGGCACGAGAACAGGUCAGGCAGUGUGUUUGGACACUGGGAUGAGAUCUAUGGAUUUGUGGAGCAGCUCACCAACAGGUUUGUCAGUCCCAGGAUGAGGGUUUCCUACAUCGUCUUUUCAGCCAAAGCAGUUGUAAUACUGCCGCUAACUGGAGACAGGUCUAAGAUAGAUGAGGGUUUGGAAAAGCUGAGCCAAAUCAAACCUGCUGGUGAAACCUACAUGCACGAAGGCAUGAAAGCGGUGUCGGAGCAGAUGAGGACACAAACGUCGCCGUCGUCCAGCAUCAUCAUCGCUCUGACCGAUGGGAAGCUGGAGGUCUUCCCCUUUGAACUGGCUGUACUGGAGGCUGACAAAGCCAGAGGGUUUGGAGCCAGAGUGUACUGUGUCGGGGUCAUGGACUUUGACCAAAAACAGCUUGCUGAAAUAGCAGACAGCACGGAACAAGUCUUCCCAGUGCUCUCCGGGUUUCAUGCCCUCAAAGACAUCGUCAACUCGAUCCUGAAGCAGACAUGCGCAGAUGUAUUCACAAUAGAGCCGUCGAGUGUUUGUGUGAAUGAGUCUUUCAGUGUGGUGCUGAGGGGCAGUGGCUUCAGCGGAUCCAGGAGGACAGACAACAUACUCUGCUCCCUCACUGUCAAUCAAAAGACAUACGACCAGAAGCCAAAUGUAGUGAGAGACGGCUAUCUACUGUGUCCAGCUCCUGUCCUGCAAGAGGUCGGACAAUCAAUCGAAGUGCUGGUCAGCCUGAACAAUGGACAAUCCUACAUCUCCAGUCCCAUCACUAUCUACGCUACGAGAUGUUCAGAUGGGAUCUGGGUGCUCUGGUUGCUGCUGGCUCUGUUGCUGUUACUGGCUCUGGCUUUAUUCUGGUGGUUCUGGCCUCUGUGCUGCACUGUGGUGAUCAGAGACCCACCCCCCUCACGCCCUCCUCCGCCACCUCCUGUCAUUGAGCCAGAAGAAGAUCUUUCACCCAAACACAGGUGGCCUACAGUGGACGCUUCAUACUAUGGAGGCCGAGGUCCUGGAGGAAUCAAACGCAUGGAGGUGCGUUGGGGGCAGAUGGGCUCCACAGAGGAAGGGUCACGUCUAGAGAAAACCAAAAACGCUGUGGUCACUAUGCCGGAGGGAGAGGAGGAGCCCAUUAUGUCCCGACCCCCGCCACGACUUCCUCCUAUCUACAACCCCCCAUCACAGUCCAAAUGGUACACUCCCAUCAAGGGGCGCUUUGAUGCAUUGCGGGCAUUAUUAAGGAGACAGUACGACAGAGUGGCGAUCAUGAGGCCGACAACUCAGGACAAGGGCCGCUGCAUUAACUUCACCAGAGUUCAGAGUCACUGACGUUCAAACAUGACCAUCGACACUUUUCACUUUAUCCCAGUUUUUGGCUGAGAUGUACACUCAGAGAUGAUUGCUUGGAUUCAACGUGUAUUGUAAAUAAAUGUCUUUAUUAUAUAUA